GCUGUGCACUGGCGCCCCCUUGCGGCAACAUUCAUUCACACUAUCGACUAAUCAGCGGCAGCAAGGCAAUAGCGAUACAAACCUCCUGUCAUGCUUUAGGAGGAACACACGCACACACACACAAGCUAGCCGGACUGAAUUGAGCCCAGCCCCAACUCAGGAGGCGUCUGGCGUCUGGAUUGAGAGCAGACCGCAUUCGGUCCAUCUGACCACCACCAGAGCGCCUUUAAUUCUCAGUCUCAGCGACAGACAGACAGCAACACGAGUCAUGGAGACCAGACUGCCCUCCAGCUAGCUAACUGCUAUCCGGCCGGAGCCCGAAAACAUGCGCUAGACAGGGUAUUAUUAGAAGACUGUUUCCUGUUUUCACUGGAGUGACACUGCUGUCACAUCUGGCCAUCAGCAGCUGAAGAUGCAGACUUUCCUGAGAGGCAGACGAGUGGGCUACUGGCUCAGCGAGAAGAAGAUGAAGAAACUCAAUUUCCUGGCCUUUGCAGAGAUGUGCAGGAAAAGAGGAAUAGAAGUUGUUCAGCUUGACCUGAGUCAGCCGUUAGAGGAGCAGGGUCCCCUGGACGUCAUCAUUCACAAGCUAACAGACCUGAUCCUGGAAGCAGACCAGAAUGACACCCAGUCCCUGCUGCUGGUCCAGCGUGUGCAGGAUUAUAUUGACGCUCACCCAGAGACCAUCAUUCUUGACCCACUUCCAGCCAUCCGAACUCUGCUGGACCGCUGCAAGUCCUACCAGCUGGUGCACAGGAUAGAGGACUGCAUGAGAGAUGUGAGGAUCUGUUCUCCUCCAUUUAUGGUGCUGAACAGUGAGUGUGGCCCAGACACACUGGAGCAGAUCAAGCAGCACGGUCUUACAUUCCCUUUCAUUUGCAAAACACGGGUUGCUCACGGAACUAACUCUCAUGAGAUGGCUAUAAUAUUCAACGCAGAGGACCUAAAAGACGUGAAGCCACCGUGUGUCAUUCAGAGUUUUAUAAACCACAAUGCCGUGCUCUAUAAGGUGUUCGUGGUGGGCGAGUCGUACACUGUGGUGGAGAGACCAUCACUCAAGAACUUCCCCUCUGGACCAUCUGACAGAAAAGCGAUUUUCUUUAAUAGCCACAAUGUGUCCAAGCCAGAGUCAUCCUCUGACCUCACAUCUAGAGAUAAUGUAGAAGGUGUUUCCCAACCACCGAAUGAGGGUGUCAUUAGGGAGCUGUGUAAAUCUCUACGGGAAUCUCUUGGUGUUUCACUCUUCGGCAUCGACGUCAUCAUUAACAACCAGACGGGCCAACACGCUGUCAUAGACAUCAAUGCAUUCCCUGGGUAUGAGGGUGUCCCAGAGUUCUUCAAUGAUCUCCUCAACCACAUCAUCAGCGUCCUCCAAGACCACUCCUCCAGUGACCCCUCUGCCCCGCCCUCUUUAGGCGCAGGAGAGCGCAACCGCGCCCCGUCCCAGGAGUGCUGCGGCAUGCUCGGCAAAGAGUCGGACAGCAGCCCCUGGAUCGUGGAGGGCGACGGUGGUCUGAAAGGCCCAUGUCAGAGGCUGGGCUGCAACUCGGCCAUGUCCCCCAACUUCCAACAGCACUGCGUGUCCACGAUAGCCACUAAAGCCUCGUCACAAUAACUGCCGUGUCCCCAUGCACCCCUCGUCCCGCCGUCCUUCCCUGAACAAAUUGUGAAGACAAACUGAAUAGUAUACAAUAACAGUAAUAACUAUUAUACUGAUGAAAUAUCUGUAAUCAAAAAUAAACUAUAUUGGGAAUAAUCAUAAUGAUGUUGAUAAUGGGCAUUGGAUUCUAUCUCCUAUGCCUUUGUAUACGUUUCAUUUUUUCAUUUUCUUUCUCUUCAGUCUAACAACUCAGUACUGUAAUGCGAACUUUCGGGAAAUCAACAGUGAUCAGCAGCUAUUUUAUUAUUUUUUUUUUAAAAAUCAUUUUUAAUUUGAAUCACAGUGGAUGUUAAUUAAUUGAACACGUUAGGCAUGUUGGAUAUCCACGCUGGAAAAGGUUCUGAAGUUUGUCUUUUGUUGCUGAUGGGGAAAAAACUAACAGUCGUGUGUGUUUUUAAUGACACAGAACACAAACACACCCAAUAAUCUAACAGACAGGACACCUUAAAUGUCUUUGUGCUCUGUAUUUAGUGGAAAUCUUAUAUUGUGAGGAUCCAUGUUGUUGUGCGGCGUCUAUAGAUCUGCUCCGUAAGACAAACGAAAGCUUGGCGUGCAGCUCUUGUAGGCCGUGUGCCAUCUUGUGACACUCCGUAAUCUUUUCAUAAUGUUCCAGAAGACUUUCAUCAUCCUUCUGUAAACAUUGUGACACCUGACAUUUUUCAUGUGCAUUUCAACGCAUCAUAUCAUAAAGUAUUAUAUGAAGUUGGGAGGAAACCGAAUGAUGAAGUUCCAGGUGAACUGUCAAGUAUCAUUAAUGUUUUGAAGAGGCUAAAAUUCUACUAUUCUAAAAUUCCUCUUAUAAAACGGAGAGUUCCGGUCCUUGAUUCUGAUUGGCUGAGCCACGUUCGAAGCUGUCGUAAAUUACUCUACAAACACACACCUUUGUUUACGUUUGUCUGUUGCGCAAUGUUAAGUUUGGUUGGACGUUUGCAAGAGGAUAUUCUGACAUUCCUUGUAUGCGUGUGUUGGUUUUUAGCAGACAAAAGUUCUAAUGUUUUGUAUGUGAUCCAGUUUUGAAAGUCAUAUUUAUGACUCCGCUUCAGAUUAGUACAGAACAAACUGCAUAGGAUGGAUGUUAAUGUAUAUGUUGGGAGUAUUUUGUCUUGUUCUAAUUGCAAAGAACACAUCUCUUCCACUGAGAGUUCAGCGCUUUGAUUCUUGGUUACCAUUCCUUGGUAAAAAAAACUAAACAAAUAUAUAUAUAUUAGAUUUGUGCAAUUUGACAUUAUUCUUCAUUAUAAAUGGAAUAAUCGCUAACUUGUCUGAAAAUUACUAAUGAAUACAGAGUAUUUGUUUUAUACAUCGCAUUGUUAGUGAAACAUUGCAUUUGGUUGCUGAUUUAAAUUAAUUUCAAAAUUGGUUUAGCACUAAUAUCAAUGUGCUUAAAACCAUCUGAACAAUUGAGCAGUAAUUUAUACAUUUAAUUCAAAUGUAAUAAAGCCAAAAAGGGA